AUGACAGCUCCUGUAGAGAUUGAAAAGGUUGACUUGGGCGCUCCUGGUCUCUUGGAAUUCCCCUUCGUGAGAUUUUCUUCGUGGUUGCGAUACCUCAUGGACACAAACAGGUUUAGCCAAAUCUGUGGGGUAAAGAGUUUGCCUGACAUGAUGGAAACUUUGCGAGAGUUUUGGGUGCGAUUUGAAAAGAUCCAUCCAACACAUCAAAUCUUUCAGCGCUUCAGAGACGGCUCUGUCAUUCCAUCUUUGUGCCUCCCAGUGUACAGUCAUACGGAUGAGGGCCGCACCUACCAGAAGCAGGGCAUCCUCGUGGUAUCCACACAUGGGGCCUUGGGUCGUCAUCUGAAACAGUCUGGCAUGGGAAUGAAUUUCACUGGACGUUCGCUCAGUACACAGUUUUUGUUUGCAACUAUGCUGAGAAGUGCAUACAGUGAGAAUGAAGAGAUCUUCAACAAAUUGAUGGGUGUGUACGCUAGUGAUAUGCAUGAUUUAGUUGAGCAUGGAGUAUGGAAUUCUUCAAGGACAUGCCGCCUUUGGUGCCUACAUAUUGGCACCAAAGGCGACUUGCCUGCGCUGGUCAAAUGCGGGCUCCUGCAAAGGAGUUUCAGAAAUGUCCCCAAGGCCCCCAACUCUGUCUCAUUUUGUGGGGGGAUAUGCCACUUGUGCUUAGCCGGCAGAGAGCGGCCUGUUCACUAUCCAUUUGAAGACCUCAAGGCUUCUGCAAGUUGUUUGGCAACCAAGUUUGUGGAGAAACCAUGGCCAGUGCCAGGGUUACCAUUACUUCUUCACAACCUUCCACUGGAAGUUGGGAAAGAAGAAGCUUUUUUCAAACCAGACCUUUGGCACAACUGGCACGCUGGUGUGGGAAAGCUGUGGAUAGGGGGAUGUCUUGUGAUCUUGAGCGAAUCCUGCAUUCCUGGGAGCUCUGUUGAAAACAAGCUUGGCUGGCUCACACAUGAUUGGCGGACUUGGUGCAAGAAUCAUCGCUUGGCUCCUUUUGUUACCAAAAUAGAUCGGGCAACCCUUUCCUACACUACCUCCAAGAGCUGGCCUGAGGGUCACUGGUCGAAAGGCCAGGCAACAACACACCUCAUGAUGUACCUGCAGGACCUUUGCGCUCGAAAGGUGGAAAACCAAACUGAUGAUCCACUACUGCAUUCGAUUGUUCAUGGGACGAAAUGCAUGAACCUGUUCUUGGCAGAGCUCUAUGUGCAGGGCUAUUGGAUUCCAAGUCCUUUGGCCAGGAAGAUUGCAGCGCUGGGAUUCCAAUUUUGUGAGACCUAUGAGAGAUGCGCGUCUUUAUGUCAUGAACGCCAUCAGAAUCGUUUUCCGUUGCACCCGAAGUGUCACAUGUUGUUACAUCAUGCACAUCAGUUGAUGGACGAUGCUCGUUGUGGCGACUGGGCAGUGAACCCUCUUGCUGAAUCAAACCAAAUGCAAGAGGACUACAUUGGCCGCCCCAGCCGCAUUUCGCGGCGGGUGGCGAAACGGACAAUUCACUUGAGGGCUUUGCAACGGACGAUCCUGGCAACCUACCAGGCGUUGCAAAAGUCUGAUGAUGACACUCGAGGCCUCUAG